AUGAACCCAGAAUACGACUACCUCUUUAAGCUGCUUUUGAUUGGUGAUUCUGGUGUCGGCAAAUCGUGUUUGCUGUUACGUUUUGCAGACGACACGUAUACGGAGAGUUACAUUUCGACGAUCGGCGUUGACUUUAAAAUUCGUACGAUCGAAUUGGACGGCAAAACCAUUAAACUUCAGAUCUGGGACACUGCUGGCCAAGAGCGUUUUCGCACGAUUACCAGCAGUUACUACCGCGGUGCCCAUGGCAUUAUUGUCGUGUACGACGUGACGGAUCAAGAGUCGUUUAAUAAUGUCAAACAGUGGCUGCAUGAGAUCGAUAGAUACGCUUGUGAGAAUGUGAACAAACUACUGGUCGGCAACAAGAGCGAUUUGACGGCUAAGCGUGUGGUAAGCACUGAUGCCGCGAAAGAGUUCGCCGAAAGCCUCGGGAUUGAGUUCUUGGAGACCAGUGCGAAGAAUGCUGCCAACGUUGAAAAGGCCUUUAUGAUGAUGGCCGCCCAGAUCAAGAAACGCAUGGCCAAUGCACCUGUGGCGCCAAAGGCUGGAGUUAAGCUUACACCCGGCCAACAAGUUUCUUCUAAUGGCGGCUCAAAGUGCUGCUAA